AAAUUCUCAAGUGGUUCGCGCCAAAAAUAAAGGAGUUUUCGUGAUGCCGAUGACUAUUAUUGAUUAAAAGUUUGAUAUUGUAGUGUUCAGCAUGGUUUUGCAAAACACCGGAAGAUUUAAAGCUGAGAAGGAAAAGAAUGCUGGUGAAGCGCCAAGCACCCGUGAAGAUUCAACUGAAAAGCGGUUGCAGAGAGCCAACUUAAAUGAUGAAAUAGAUGUGAGGUUUGGCUUUGAAAGAUACAAAGAUCCACAGGAGCGAACAGGCUGGCUUAUCAACAUGCAUCCAACUGACAUUUUGGAUGAAGACAAACGGCUUGUCAGUGCUGUCGAUUAUUACUUCUUGGAAGAAGACGGCAGUCGUUUUAAGGCUACGCUUCCCUUCAGACCCUACUUCUAUGUGGCAACAAAGAAAGACUGUGAGAAGGAAGUAGUGUCAUUUCUUUCAAGAAAAUUUUCAGGGAAACUAGCUUCUGUGGAGACCGUCCAAAAAGAAGAUCUUGACUUGCCUAAUCAUUUGGUAGGGCUGAAGCGCACCUACAUCAAGUUGUCCUUUCAUUGUGUGGAAGACCUGGUGAAGGCCAAGCGAGAAAUACAGCCAGCAGUUCGGAAAAACAAAGAACGAGAAAAAAGCAGUGAUGCUUACACCACCAUGCUUACCACACAUCUUGCUGGUGAUGUGGCUGCUGGGAUGUCUAAAAGAAUUGCCGAUCAGAUGGAAAACAUCAUUGACAUCCGGGAGUACGAUGUGCCGUAUCAUGUGCGGGUAUCUAUUGACCUGAAGAUCUUUGUUGGUCACUGGUAUUCAGUAUGGGGAAGAGGUUUAGCAUCCCCAGAAAUAAAACGUCGGGAGGACCUUGUUUCAUGGCCUGAACCAGUUGUGCUAGCUUUUGACAUUGAGACAACCAAACUGCCACUGAAAUUUCCAGAUGCACAGACUGAUCAGAUUAUGAUGAUUUCCUACAUGAUAGAUGGCCAGGGUUUUCUGAUAUGCAACAGAGAGAUUAUUUCACAGGAUGUAGAGGAUUUUGAGUAUACACCACGACCAGAAUUUGAGGGUCCUUUCAAAGUCUACAGCGUUCCUGAUGAGGCUGCACUCAUCAACAAAUUCUUUGAACAUAUCCAAGAAGUGAAGCCUCAUAUUUUUGUCACAUACAACGGUGAUUUCUUUGACUGGCCAUUUGUGGAGACGCGUGCUGCUAUUCAUGGACUUGACAUGAUGCGGGAAAUUGGAUUUCAGCGAGACAGCCAGGGUGAAUACAAAUCUCGAGCAGCUUCUCAUCUUGACUGCUUCCGAUGGGUGAAGAGAGACAGCUACCUACCUAUGGGAAGUCAGAAUCUGAAAGCUGUAGCGAAGGCCAAACUUCGUUAUGACCCUGUUGAGCUUGAUCCAGAAGAAAUGUGUCGGAUGGCUUGUGAGGAACCACAGGUGUUGGCUAAUUAUUCAGUGUCUGAUGCUGUGGCAACAUACUAUUUGUACAUGAAAUAUGUUCAUCCUUUCAUCUUUGCCCUCUGUACCAUCAUCCCAAUGGAACCUGAUGAGGUGCUGAGGAAGGGGUCAGGUACGCUCUGUGAGGCUCUGCUUAUGGUGCAGGCAUACCAUGCCAACAUUAUCUUCCCUAAUAAGCAGGAGUCAGUUCUCAACAAACUAACAGAUGAUGGACAUAUGCUUGACUCUGAGACCUAUGUUGGUGGCCAUGUUGAGGCCCUAGAGUCGGGAGUCUUCCGAGCUGACAUCCCUUGUCGAUUCAGAAUGGUGCCUCAAGCAUUCCAAAUGCUGAUUGACAGCGUGAAGCGAACGAUAAAGCAUGCCAUUGAAGAGGAGGAGAAAGUCCCUUUGGAACAAGUGUCGAAUUUUGAAGAGGUGUGCAAUGACAUUGUAGAAAAGUUGUCUAUGUUGCGUGACUGUCCAAAUCGACUGGAGAAUCCUAUUAUUUAUCACCUUGAUGUUGGUGCUAUGUACCCAAACAUCAUUCUGACCAACAGACUGCAGCCACCAGCUAUUGUGGAUGAGGAAACAUGUGCUGCCUGUGAUUUCAACAAGCCAGGCUCCCGGUGCCAGAGACGAAUGCCUUGGAUGUGGCGUGGGGAAUUUAUGCCAGCCACAAGAAAUGAAUACCAUCGCAUUCAACAGCAACUGGAGAACGAGAAAUUUCCUCCCGAGUUUCCAGGAGGUCCUCAGAGAGCAUUUCAUCAGUUGCCUCGUGAAGAGCAAGCCACUAUUGAGAAAAAGCGAUUGGCUGAAUACUGUCGCAAAGCCUAUAAAAAGGUUCACAGCACUCGCAUGGAACAGCGCGUAGCGACCAUAUGUCAGCGAGAAAACUCAUUCUACGUUGACACAGUACGAGCUUUUCGUGACCGCCGCUAUGAAUUCAAAGGGUUGACAAAAGUGUGGAAGAAUAAGUUGACAGAGGCAGAGGAACAGAACGAUGCAUCAGAGAUCAAGCGUGCCAAUGGCUUGCUGGUUCUGUAUGAUUCACUUCAGCUUGCCCACAAGUGCAUUCUCAACUCCUUCUAUGGAUAUGUUAUGAGAAAAGGUGCCCGAUGGUACAGCAUGGAGAUGGCUGGGAUUGUAUGCUACACAGGAGCCAACAUCAUCACGCGAGCUCGAGAAAUUGUUGAACAGAUUGGGCGUCCCCUGGAACUAGACACGGAUGGUAUCUGGUGUGUCCUUCCAGCUACAUUUCCUGAGAACUACAUCUUCAAAACAAUCAAUCCCAAGAAACCCAAAAUAACUAUUUCCUACCCGGGAGCUAUGUUAAACAUGAUGGUGAAGGAUCAUUUUACAAAUGAUCAGUAUCAAGAGCUUUCCUCUGCGGACAGCUUGACCUAUUCAGUAAGAAGUGAGAACUCCAUCUUCUUUGAGGUUGAUGGGCCAUACCUUGCCAUGAUUCUACCAGCUUCAAAGGAAGAAGGGAAAAAGCUGAAGAAGCGUUAUGCUGUGUUCAACUUUGACGGCUCUUUGGCUGAACUGAAAGGCUUUGAGGUGAAGCGCAGAGGUGAACUGGAGUUGAUUAAGAUUUUUCAGUCAUCUGUCUUUGAAGCCUUUUUGAAGGGUGAAACCCUGGAAGAAUGUUACAAGGCUGUGGCAAAAGUUGCAGACUACUGGCUUGAUGUUCUCUACAGCAAGGCAGCAAACAUGCCUGAUUCGGAGUUGUUUGAGCUGAUAGCAGAAAACCGCAGCAUGUCACGCAAACUUGAAGACUAUGGUUCACAGAAAUCAACUUCCAUCAGCACAGCCAAAAGACUUGCAGAGUUUCUCGGUGACCAGAUGGUGAAAGAUGCUGGCCUGGCAUGUAGAUUUGUUAUCUCUAAGAGACCUGAGGGUGCCCCAGUCACUGAACGAGCCAUUCCACUCAACAUCUUCCAGGCUGAACCCAGCGUGAAAAAACACUUUCUGCGCAAAUGGUUGAAAAGUCCACAGUGCACUGACUUUGACAUCCGAGAGAUUUUGGACUGGGAGUACUACAUAGAGAGACUGGGAGGGUGCAUCCAGAAGAUCAUUACCAUUCCUGCAGCUCUGCAAAGUAUUUCAAACCCAGUUCCUCGAAUACCUCAUCCUGACUGGCUACGGAAGAAAAUGCUAGAGAGAACUGACAUCUUCAAGCAGAAAAAGAUCAGUGAGAUUUUUGCUCCAACUGCACGACAGAUGACUAAUGUAUCCAAGCUCUGUGAAGAUGAAAACAGGGAAGAAACACCACCUGAUGAGAUACCAGUUCCUGACAUGGAAGAUAUGGGUGGACAAACUCUACGACCUACAGGGGUUGCAGUGUUAAACAAGCGUAAACGAGAUCAACUUGGAAUAGAUAGCCAAAGAGACUCUCAAAUUUCAGAUGCAUCACAGAAUUGGCGAGAUGUGCUGGGUCCACCCCCUCCUAUUGGAACAACUAAGGAAGAGCGUAUGACUUGGGUGUUGUACCACAAGAAGAAAUGGGAACUGCAGGCUAAAGCAAGACAAGAGAGGAAGCGUCGACGGAUGGAUGCCGGUGACUUACCUGUGUCUGGCGUUGUGGUGCCAGUGCGGGGCCUGGGUGGAUUUUUGCGGCGCACUGCACGCAGCAUGAUGGAUAUGCCUUGGCAGAUUGUGCAGUUGAUGGAAAUGACCCAGCCAGGGACCUUUAAACUGUGGGCUUUGAUUGGUUCUGACCUUCAUGCUAUGAAACUUUUAGUUCCACGCAUAUUUUACGUCAAUCAAAAAACACCAAAAGAAGGUGAAGGGGCUAUGUGGAGAAAAGUUCAGAAAAUUCUCCCAAGAUCACACCCUGUCCUAAACCUGUAUGAGUAUUCUGUUCCAGAAAAUGUCUACCAAGAACACAUCAAUGAUAUAACUGCUGACUUGUCAUCACCUGACAUCGAAGGUGUGUAUGAGACUCAGGUACCUCUGGACUUCCGAGCUCUGGUUGAUCUCGGCUGUCUUGUCACAGUUGAUCGCAACUUUGCCAAAAUGAUGUCUGGCAGGGAAACAGACACCUUUGAGUUAGAAAACCUUGAAUUUCGUACUUUGGCUCAGUUUCCAUACCUGGAGCCUGGAUCCAUCAAGCAUAUUUACCUCUAUCAUCACAUCUGCAGCAGCAAAGUCAUGAUGGGCCUGUUCUUCCCCAUGUCAAAGCGAGCUACAGUCUUUGUAGUAGACACAGUACGUAGCGAUCAGAUGCCUAACCUGCAGGCCCUGUACAAUGCUGAGAGGAAUACAAAGUUAUCCAAGGGAGCUGAUGAAUCCAUGUUGCCCCCUGGUGGUCACACCUUUGAUAUCAAACUGGAAAAAGAUAUCCGCCAAGUUCAUCGCAGUCUCCAGAGGCUGUUGUCUACCUACAAAGAUGAGAAGCGAGGUCCAACCUUCAUUGCAGUUCAGUCACCAAAAGACUUUCAGCACUUGACAGCAGCCAUGCCAGGCUUGAGUGACUUCCCUCUUGUGCCCAUCCAUAUUUCAGAUAGUGACACUCUAUACAACGUCCUUGAUUGGCAAAGGGUGGGAAGCCGUCGCAUGCUGCAGCAUUACCUGAAUGUUGAUAUUAUCCUACAGGCUAUGAUGGAACAAUGUCGAUAUUUCCACAUCCCUGUGGGCAACAUGCCUAAAGACAUCACAAUGUUUGGCUGUGACCUGUUCUUUGCUCGCCACCUCCGCAAACACAAUCAUGUUCUGUGGGCCUCAAUGUCAGAGCGGCCAGACCUGGGCGGGAAAGAAGCCGAUGACAACAGACUUUGCAUGGAAAUGGAAGAGAGCAACAGUAUAGCAGUUAAUAACAGUGGGGCCUAUCACUCUGUGUGUAUUGAGUUGGAGGUCACGUCACUAGCUGUCAACACCAUCAUUGAGUCAGGACAUGUGAACGAUCAAGAGGGCGCCAGCGCUGUCAGCUUUGACACAAUGCUGACCUCACUAGAGGAGAUGGCCAAAGGCCAGGGAGCAGCUACGAUGGGGCUGGCAAGUUAUGAUGAAGCUGCACUGUGUUCCACCACUUUCAGGAUUCUGAAAAACAUGGUGCAAGGUUGGGUUCGGGAUGUGACGUCCUACAACAAUGUGUUUGCAGACAACCAGAUUGUACAUUUUUACAGGUGGUUGCGAUCUCCAACUGCCCUUCUUUAUGACCCAGCCUUGCGAAGAACUCUGCACAACAUGAUGAAGAAAGUCUUCAUGCAGCUGAUGGCCGAAUUUCAGCGUCUUGGGUCCAUCAUUGUGUAUGGUAACUUCAACCGCCUCAUUCUAUGCACUAAAAAGCGACGGCUGAUUGAUGCACUGUCCUACGUAGAGUACAUCACAAACAGCAUAUGCGCUCGCCAGCUGUUUCACCUCAUAGACCUCACUUAUGAUCAGUGUUGGGAAUUCCUUAUUUGGAUGGACCCUGCCAACCAUGGAGGAGUCAAGGGGAAGCUAUCCAAUAAACCAGGUUCCAGCAGGAAAGAAAAGGAUGUUGGUGAUGAGGAACAGAAUAGCGAUGGCGAGGAAGAAGAAGAAUUAAACAAGUCAGAUGAUGAAGAUGAGCCUGAGAUCGAGAUGAAUUGGAACUUGAUGCGCUUUCUUCCCGAAGGUGGAGCCUGCCAGACGAAUUUUAACAUGAUCAUUGCUGGUUACAUCCUGUCAGUGUACAUGCAGCUGCAAGAGGAGCAAAGGCGGGUGACCCCUGGCAGCACACCUGUGAAACGCCGCCAUAAUGGCAGUCAGACGCAGAGGGUACCGGACUCAUCAGCGACACCUUCAGUUGUGUCGUUUUCACAAGAGCUGGUAGAAGGAGAACUUUCACAGCAAAUGUUUGCGCUUACUCAAAAAAUCCACAAGAAGCUCUCGGGUAACCAUAGCGAUACUACCAGUAUGUCUUCUGAGUUUCCUUGGCUUCCGGGGUCCUACCUGCCUCUCAACAACCCUGCUCUGGAAUUUAUCAAAUCAGUUUGUCAGGUUCUAUCCCUAGAUGCCAAUGUAAACAUUCAGGUGAGCAGACUGAAACGAGACCUUCUGAAGCUCAUUGGAGUUGGAGAAUUUUCCUCGGAGGCUCAGUUUAAAGACCCAUGUUUGUCGCAUGUUUUACCUGAGGUUAUCUGCAGAACAUGCAAUCAUAUCCGUGACCUUGAUCUUUGCCGUGACCCAUAUCUCAGUCAUGAUGGCUCAGGAUCUUGGGCUUGUGUCCAGUGCCACACAAAUUACGACUUAAAUGAACUAGAACAGGUGCUGGUGGCAACAGUUCAUCGCAAGUCUAUGGCUUUUGUGCUGCAGGACUUAAAGUGCUCCAAGUGCAAAAUGGUGAAGGAGAACAACAUGAGGCGGUACUGCACUUGUGCUGGGGACUACAACAACACCAUCAGUCCUCGGGACCUGGGCCUGCAGCUGAAUACUUUCCUCGGCAUUGCCAAGCACUAUCAAAUGACACUGCUGGAAGAAAUGGUCAUCCUGGAUCCUAAACAUGAACCCUGGGAUGAUGCCAAGCUGAAAGCCUUGUCUGCUGGCUGCCCGUACUCUGUGAUGACAGCCUGUACCAUAGUCUUUCACUGGAUAUUCAGUAGAUCCUAACUGCAUUGAAAUUACAAGUACAUUUCAUCUUGACAGGAUCAUUUUAAUUUACUGAUGUAGUAGAUGCCAUCAGUAAUCAGACCUUCAGCCUUGUAAAUGUUAAUAUCUAACUCACUCUGCUACCCCCAAUACUCCCUAGGUGCAUAUUUUAUAUGCUGUGUCCCAUAAAGCUUGAUCAUGCAAUGGUCUUGUCUGGUCUGUAAUUCAGUGCAUACACUAGAUAAUUAAAUUGUAAAUUGCUCUAAAUCUUUAGCUCCAUAAAGUUGUCUAUCAUUCUUUAAGCAGUCAAGUAUGUUCAUUGAGAUUUUUUAUGGUACAAGUCUGGGUACAACUUUAGUGAAUAGUACCUGAGAAUUUAUAUUGCACAUUGCUAUGUAUAUAUGAAAGUCACAUUCAGCUUCUUUGUGUGUGUGAAAAUGUUCGGGGAAUCCUGUUUUGAGGGUUUACAAAAACUUCAGGCAUUGAGUUACAUUGUGGUUAUUGCAUUAUCAUUUUACGUUGUGCAAUAUGUCAGUAUAUUACUUUGUGUGUGAAGUAGGCUUGUUUUGCCUCGGCACUUAAAACAUAUAUCUGGGUGAAAUUAAGGGGAUAUUGAUGGGUGGAUGGGUGGGUGGUGUUUGCAUCUUGGUUAAUACUUGAAAAAGUUGCUUGAAAUUUGGCAUGCAAGUAUAUCAUCUUCCUUCAAGUUGUAUAAAAGAAAAUUGUAAAAUAAAACCUAUACAAAUUUGGACUGCCAGAAAAA